AUGAGGCUCAUUAAACGGAAUAUUGAGCAGGACGGCUCAGGUUCAGUGACGCUCUUUCCGGAGGAGCCAGAAGACAUGUGGCAUGCGUACAAUCUCAUUCGGCCUAAUGACCUACUUAAAGCUAGUGCUAUUCGCCGUGUCACAACUACCGCGACCACGGGGACGACCUCAUCGUCACGAGUCCAUCUAACAUUGCAAAUCCGAGUGAAAAGCUUGGAUUUUGACCCCCAGAGUUCCCAGCUCCAUGUGUCAGGACAGAUUGCUGCGGAGACCCCAUAUACGAAAAUUGGCCAGUAUCAUACGUUGGACUUGGAGCUACAGAGGAACUUUACACUUGAAAAGCGGUCAGAGUCUUCCGGUGACGUUGGGGGAUGGGAUAGUGUGGCCAUCGAAAUGCUAAAGGAUGCAGUGGACGAGGGCUACAAGAGAAGGGCGGAGGCGAUAGCAAUAGUGAUGCAAGAAGGCCUGGCGAAUAUUUGUUUUAUCGGGCAGUUUCAAACAGUGGUGAAGCAGAAAGUUGAAAUGACCAUACCGAGGAAGAGGCAAGGGGGAAGCGAUCAUGAUAAGGCCUUGGCGAAAUUUUUCCAAGUAACGCUUGAGAGUCUUCUUCGCGUACUAGAAACAUCUAGUGGCUCGCUAACGUCGACGACGACGAGUAAUGGCACUUCGACGAGGCCGAUACUGCUAGCUUCUCCCGGUUUUACUGCCGCUGGCUUCCAAAAGCACAUUCAAUCCACACUAUCAGGCACACCGGAGCUGAGGUCUCUCCUAGAGAAUAUCAUUGUCGUGCAUUCCACAUCCGGCCACGUUCACUCUCUAGCUGAGGUUCUCAAGUCUCCUUCGGUACAGGCGCGGCUCUCCAACACGAAAUAUGCGCGUGAGACCGCCAUCAUGGACACUUUCUUCACCCAUUUGAGAAUGGACACGAAUAAAGCCACCUACGGAGCCAAAGAAGUAGAAUCAGCGGUUGACCAAGGUGCAGUGGGUCGAGGUGGGGGCAUUUUAUUGAUUUCCAACAGACUUUUCCGAGCUCAGGACGUCCACGAGAGGCGUCGAUGGGUUUCGCUUGUUGACCGCGUGAGAGAUGUCGAGGGAGGGGAAGUUCGAGUGUUGAGCUCAGACCACGAAAGCGGCAAGAGACUUGACGGUCUAGGUGGCGUCGCUGCGCUUUUAACAUUCCCCGUCAUCGAUGACGACGACGACGAACAUGACGGGGAUCACCCUGAUAACAAUAUCAAUGGCUAG